CUCCGUCGGAGCUCGCUUUAGCGAGGUGGUUUCGCCUCGUGUGGGCUGCUGGAGCAUACUGCAUUUCACUUGUUUGAUCCUCCCAUCCUCCUGGCCCGACACCAUGGGAGUGACUUGUGUGUCCCAGAUGCCCGUGGCUGAGGGCAAGAGUGUCCAGCAGACUGUGGAGCUCCUCACCCGAAAAUUGGAGAUGCUUGGAGCAGAGAAGCAAGGAACAUUUUGUGUGGACUGUGAGACCUACCACACAGCUGCCUCUACCCUGGGCAGCCAAGGUCAGGCCGGGAAGCUGAUGUAUGUGAUGCACAAUUCUGAGUACCCUUUGAGCUGCUUCGCCCUCUUUGAGAAUGGCCCUUGCCUGGUUGCUGACACCAACUUUGACGUGCUUAUGGUGAAACUCAAGGGCUUUUUCCAGAGUGCCAAGGCCAGCAAGAUCGAGACCCGGGGCACCCGUUACCAGUACUGUGACUUCCUAGUGAAGGUGGGCACGGUCACAAUGGGGCCCAGUGCCCGAGGCAUCUCCGUGGAGGGACGCUCUAGGCCAGGAUGGGAAUGGGGAGCUGGAUUCACAGCAGGUAGAAAGCUUGGGAAGGCUGGCUUGCUGGAGAAGAGGAGGGAUGGUCAAGGAGGGGCAGGUGAACUGUUACAUGGAGGGACCACUCAAAAGUUUUGAAGCAAAGAUGUACCCUUCCCUUUGACAUGCUGUCUGCUUUCUUUCAUGGUAUGUGUGAUGAUUUCAUCUAUGACAUAUAUUGAAAAUGACAAAGAUGGAGUGUGACAGUAGCUGGCUUUGGGAUCAGUGAGAGUCUGUACCAUCUACCACAGUCCCAGCACUGUGUGAGAUUGAAAAAAAGAAUAAACUACAGGGCCUUCCUUUUGAACAUUUAUGACUUAGUAAGAGAACCAGGCCCAAACAUAUGAGCUGUUUUUGAAGUUAGUCUGUAAGAAAUGCCAUAAAGGCAGCACAGAUUGCUCUGGGAGUUCAGGGCGGAGAGCACUGCUGACUUAGACUGUGAUACCUCCUGCAGGAGUGGCCUUUAAGGAGGGAUUUAAAAUGUGGAGACCUGGGGAUAGGUAGGUCCUCAAAAGCAGCACAGGUGGAGAAAAGGGCGUUAGUGGUCAUGACUACUGAGACACUCCAGGGACCUCUAGAGCUAAGAUGUCCUGACUCUUUCAAUUCAUAACACACAGAGAAUUUGCCAAGACCCAUGGGGAACCCACUGUUUGUUUAUCCUCCAUGUUUUCUACUUUGUAACACAAACGCACCUGGCAGUUUCUUUACUUAUUUCUCCUUGUAGUUGCCAGUAAUUUCCCCUGCCAUCUCUCCAGUGAAAAACUGGGAGAGGAGAAUGAGCAAGCCUAAGAUCUGUAUCCUUCAGCCCCUGUCACAUGAGUUGGGAAAUUAUUUCUUAGGGUCAGAGCCCAGGUUGUAUCUACCUUGGGAGUAACGGUUGGUCUUGAAGUCACUUAUGGGCCUAUGUGGCUACUUUGCCCUCUUGUCAAUUCCCCCAACUCACACACACUCACAGACUCUCCUGCUCUUCGUUUUCUCUCAUAAAUUUUCCCGAGCUGUCCAUGAAUCUACACCCAUCAUAGCUGGGACUAUAAAGUUCAGAGAUAAUUUGAAGGGACUGAGCUAUGCUUCUGGGUCUUGUGCGCAGGGCUGUGUGUUGAUAAUCCCAAGCUGAGAAUGUUUGAGCUUAAAGGGUACAGUGCUAAGGGUUUCCAGUUCCUGGUGUUUGAGCUGGAUGUUUCCUGCGGGGCAGUUGUGGGUUGGAAGGUGUGUGUCAUGGUCUCUGGGUUGGGGAAGAUGGAUGCAGAGGGCAGACGACCUGUCCGUGCCCUCACUCACCCUCCAUCCCCUGCUCUUGGUCCCCAGGUGGAGUAUGGCCCCUGUGUGGUAGCUAGCGACUGCUGGAGCCUCUUGCUGGAGUUCCUGCAGAGCUUUCUGGGCAGCCACACGCCAGGG